AUGUCUCUUUUCCCGGCGCUCCGCAGCGCUGUGCGCACCGUGUCGCUUCCGCGACUUGUAUACCCCUUUGGUGCCCUCCGCCAUGAAAGCACUUUGGCGCAAGGCACCGCCCAGACGGACAACACUGCCACGACGCACUUCCGUGUCACGCUGCGGCGAUCUGCCAUUGGCCUGCCCAAGCAUGCGGGGCGCGUCCUCGAGUCCUUGGGGCUGCACAAGCGUCUACAGAGUGUCUACCAUCGCCAGUCCCCCGACGCAGCCGGCGCCAUUCUGGCGGUGAAGGAGCUCGUGCACGUGGAGAAUGUGCGUGCGCUCUCCGCCGAGGGCGAGGACCCGGUGGCGUCCCUCGACACGGUCUGGGUGAAUGCCAGCGGCGAGGUGGUCGAUGCAGGCCGCGUCGCGUUCAAGGCGCCAAAAGGAUUCCGCGUUGUCGGCAAUUUGGUCAACGAAGAGCGUGACGCGGAGCUGAAGCAGCAGCACGCUGCUCAGAAUGUGCAAUAG